AUGGUGAUAUGGAUAACAACAAUUUCCCAAAGACACAGUAUUGAUCGUGAACAAGAAGUGACGCUGAAUAUUAUAUUUCUUCAGGAGUACUAUCCAAAUUUCAUAGUCCUGACUGCAAUUGUAAAAGUUGCUGAAGUCAAUCCACAAAACCUGUGGUAUCACUACAGUCGAAAUGGCACCUACUAUCACAAGGAGAAAAUAGUGUGGCAAGGUGAAAGUAAUGACUACGUAUUUGAGUUCCCGAAAGUCAUCGCCUACUUUUAUUUCACCACGAAUACUUGUACUGUGAUUUGUAACGUAACAACGGAAUGGCUGCCGCUAACAGAUUACGUGACUUUUGUAAAAGAUGACAGCAACGUUUUGUUGAAGAAGUUGCCUUACGCCUUGGACCAGGAUUUGAACACAUGCUUUGAUUUGCCUUUACCCGGGGAAUCCCCUUCCAUGAUUUGGUUGCGAAUUACGAGACUAAGUCUCUUCGGUGUGACGUCACAGAUAUUUGUUGUCAGCAUCACAGGGGAAGGUAUCGAGUGCGCCCGUGUUGGACAGAAAAGUCUCCUGGUUGGAACCUCAGGUUCUGCUAGCAAUGCUCAAUGCAGCAACGACUCAGAUAUAUCAUUUUGCAGGCUUGUGUUGAACAAUACUAUUAAUGCGAAAACUCGGUGUGACGUAAAAUGUGAAUGUGACACGCAAUGUUCGGAUGUUCAUGUUUUAAUGCAGAGUACCAACAAUGAUGACUGGAGAAUGUGUGAACUUUCCGUUAAUGAUGUGAUAUGAAAUAUAUUCCUACCAUGAAGGUGAAACACCGCCCCCUGGAGGGAAUACCAACAAAUAAUGUACAGUAUAAACAGUUCAAUCCGGAAAAUUUGAAGACUUUUAAGGGUCUAUGAAUGGCGUGAAAU